UCCACGGCCAAAGACUCCAGGGCGGUGGUGACGUGCGUCGUCAUCGUGCUCUCCGUCUUGGUUUGCUGCCUGCCCUUGAGCAUCUCUCUGGUGCGGGACACGCUGUCCAGCGGCGGCGGCUUUGUUCUCUACCAGUUCGAGCUGUGUGGAUUUACCCUCAUUUUUUUCAAAUCUGGAUUAAAUCCUUUUAUAUAUUCCCGCAACAGCGCCGGCCUUCGGAGACGAGUCCUCUGGUGCCUGCAGUACGUAGCCCUUGUCUUUUUCUGCUGCAAGCAGAAGACGAGGCUUCGGGCCAUGGGCAAGGGCAGCCUGGAAGUCAACAGGAACAAGUCGUCCCAUCACGAGACCAAUUCAGCGUACAUGCUGUCUCCAAAACCUCAGAAAAAGUUUGUGGACCAAGCCUGUGGUCCUAGUCACUCCAAGGAAAGCGUGCUGAGUCCCAAGGCUUCUGUCGGGCACCAGCACUAUGCACAGAGCAGCUCGACCCCCAUGAACACCCGAAUCGAGCCCUAUUACAGUAUCUAUCACAGCAGCCCUUCCCAGGAGGUGAGCACCCCGAACAGCCUGCAGCCACUGACCCCGGCUUUCGGCUUUGCCAAGUCCUACCUGGCCAUGCACUACCACACCAGCACCGACCUGGGCCGAGACCAGGACAGCGCAGCGGCCAGGCAGAUCCCGGUGCCCUCCGUGUAG